AUGACCGAUUCUCGUUAUGACUUCGUUGAGUACCAUGAUCUCGACCAUUCUAUUAAGAUUGCUAUUGCCAAUGGUCAGCGUCUCCUAGCUACCGAUGAUGAUUUCGUUCGUUUCCAGGUGAACGAUAUUGUACGUGUGAAUGUGUUACAUGUUCCGUUGCUGAAUAAAAAGCUGGGGUUUGACCGACGUCGACGAAGUGUUGUAAAUGACAAUAUUAUCACAUCUAGUCUACAGAAUCUAAAACCUUCGGUAGUUGAGAUGUCUCAAGCUCAAGGCGGUAACGAUGACGAGGCUACACGAAACACUACCCUCUGGGGUACUUGUCACUUUGAUUCCACAUACGCUUCAACAGACUCACAGUUACGUGGUCUCGGUAGCACGGAACAAGGCUACUGUCAUCCCGACCGUCCUACUUACCCUGUUUAUGCUUGUCUUGUUGACAGAAACGGUAAAUUUCAUUUGCUCACCGUCUACGACUAA